CAGCAGCAGCAGCAGCAGCAAUGACAGCAGCGGCGACACCAGCAGUGAUGAAAACGCCAAUCAAAACCGGAAGCGUCAUUCGUCUCCAAGCAAAUCGGCCUCAGGAGCAAGGGAAACCCAAGGUGCCGAGAUCGACAUCCCCCCAACACACGGGCCGGGUUGCCGAGGUUGAGGUCAACGCCACUGGGCUGAACACGAUCACUAUGCCCCCGGAGAUGAAUGAACUGGACGCUGCCGAGGCGGCACAAUUCAAAGCUGAUGUUCAGGGUCAUCGCCAUCAGGAGGAGAGCGACGAAGACGCGGGACCUAUGCCUGUCCCGCAGCUCGACGAGUUGCAGGGAGAAGGCGAAAGAGGUGUCAACUACGGUGGGGCACUUCUACCAGGAGAGGGUGCCGCUAUUGCCCAGUUCGUGCAGAAAGGUCUUCGAAUUCCUCGCCGUGGUGAAGUGGGCUGGGCUGGCCAAGAGAUCGAGAAAUUGGAGGAGUCCGGGUACGUGAUGAGCGGCAGCCGCCACGCCCGCAUGAACGCCGUUCGUCUUCGGAAGGAAAACCAAGUCUUCAAUGCCGAGGAACGUCGUGCUCUGGCGUUGAUCAUGUUUGAAGAGAAGCAACAGAAGGAAAACGAAAUAUUGGGGAACUUCAGGCAAAUGUUGACCGAGUCAAACCAAGAGGGAGAGAAGCCGACUGGCGAAGGCUCCAGUGCAGCAUGAUCCGGGCAUACUGCAGCCUUUUGCUCCGAGCACGCGAGACCCUGUUCGUCCAUGUUCGCCACUUAGUCAAGACACGCGAGCGUAGCCCACGUUCUAAGAGAAACACCGCAAGGGGAUGAUGAUUGCGGGUUGGGUUUUGCCCAGAGCUGAAUUGGGAGCUGGGUGCUGAGUCUCGAGUUAAGGUCGCAGACAUCCUACACAUCAAACGGUGUAAGGGGGUUGGUUCGAGAGCGAGGCAUAGGACAGAUGCCAAAUUCUCUCGGCAUGCAGAGGCACCUCUGGGCCUCUGGUCAUGUCUUUUUAAUGUGAAGCCAACAACAGUGGGCUCUUUCUUCUCGUGGAACUGCUGCAGCUAGGUUGCCCAAGACGCGCCCACGUCGUUUCUCGGCAAGACUGGCCUCGAAAAGACCAAUACCGCACAAGCUGUUGGGGAGAUGUUUUUCUUGCCAUGUCCAUGACGUGGUGCCCCGAGUAUGAUUUGGUAGGGAGUCGCAAACCAUGACCCCUACCCGAGUUUGAGCAUCAGCUUCCUCCUCCUGUGGCGGGCAAGACUGGAAUUUGUCUGUGUCACCACCGAACAACAGUUGGACAGUUGAACAAAGAGGGUCCGGUCAGCCGGAGUUUUUUCUUGUAUUUUCUUGCCCGCUGCCAUGUAUUUGAUGAUAUUGUGAUGUCGAGCUACAGUAGUGCAAAUCUCACGGCGCCUAGGCUUUGUCUAUUUCGCCAUGUCGCCAUCCGCGAACAGCAGUUGAAGACGAACAAAAACAGAGUCCGCUUCGUCACGAAGAACCAGUUUUUUCGAAUCUUGCUGGUGAGGGAUGAUGCUUGAAUGCGUCGGGUGUAACUGUGAUAUUCCUUUAUCAAAUGAGACUAAACCUUUUGAUGUUCAGUU